AUGCUCGGUCUAAGCAGCCUGGGAGUGAGCUCCCUCUGUGCAUCAAUACUUUCUUUCCUCGGCAGGGAACCACCAUAUCUCACGCAUCACCCUGUGCUACCACCCUCUUACCCACUAGCAGUUCGUAAUCCCUAUCUAUCAGCAUGGAUGCCCAGCGACCGAGUCUCUCAGCUGCCAGUUUCCGAACCUCAAUUUUGGGCGGGUCAGGAAUUGGGAUGGUCUGUGAUUGUCCGUGUUGAUGGACAGGCGUACAGUCUAAUGGGUGUGCCUGAUUCCGAUGGAAAGUCCAUCCGCCCUGCUGAGGUGCACCGUGCAAGAUUCACGGCUACCCAUACAAUAUUCGACCUUGUCGCUGGGCCUGUGGCGGUCACAUUGGACUUCUUAUCACCAGUAUCGCCGUCGGAUUAUUUGAGACAGUCACUUCCAUUUAGUUACUUGACUUUACAUGUGUCCGGCUCGCGUGGCUAUAACAUCCAGGUCUACUCGGAUAUCGAUGCUAGGUGGACUGGUCGAGAGAGUCGCUCAGUGUGUGAAUUUCAGGAGGUGGAUGGUCUGGUUUCUUACUCGCUUACAGUUGAAGAUGCGACGCUAUAUGAAGAAGCAGAUGACAUGGCUCUUUGGGGAUCGGCUAUUUUUGCCUCUCGGCCGACGAACUUCACGGCUUUGUCUGCUCUUUCGGGCAGCCCGGAAGAUGUCAGGCGGUCUUUUCUCGACGAAGGCAAGCUUUCUGGCAAAGGGAGCUGGAGCAGUGGAAGUGUGGCCGCACUGGCUCACGACCUCGGCGAAGUCACCGGGGGGCUUUCGGUGAACUUCGCGGUUGGGUACGAGAGGGAGGCUGCUAUCAAUUACUUGGGAGAGCCAUAUACUGGUUUCUAUCGAGCAAAGUAUCCCACUAGCUCGAGCGCACUCUCUUUCUUCUUCGACGACUACGCUAUUGCCUUGCUGGAGUCUCUGAAGCUGGACCAGGAGCUUGUCACCUCAUCUGCAGCCGCUGCGGGCUCCAAGUACGCUGAUAUCCUUGCCCUUUCAACACGACAAGCGUUCGGAGGCAUUGAUUUGACUAUUCCCAAUGGUUCACUUGAUACGGGUGGCGUGUUAGCUUUCAUCAAAGAGCUUUCAAGCGACGGCAAUGUCAACACUAUCGAUGUGAUCAUGCCCGCUUUCCCGAUCUAUUAUGUCAUGGAUCCAGACUACAUUCGUCUACUCUUGGAGCCUGUGAUGAAGUAUCUUGCUGCUGGUCGCUGGCAUUUACCCUAUACAAUCCACGACAUUGGCACUCAUUAUCCUCAUGCUAUCGGUCAUGAUGAUCAGCAGGCAGAACCUAUGCCUAUUGAGGAAUGUGGCAAUGUGCUCAUUCUAGCUGCUGCAUAUUCUCGUGCGACUGGUGAUACAAAUUGGACAUCGCAAUACACCAGCAUCUUCCGGAGGUACGCCGACUACUUGGUAGAAAAUGGCGUUAAUAUCACCAAGCAAUUGUCAUCCAAUGAUGCAGCCGGUCCUCUCACCAACGAGACAAACCUUGCAAUCAAGGCUGCAGUCGGUAUCAAAGCAUAUGGGCAGAUCAGUGGGGACGGCCACUAUUCCCGCAUUGGUGACGACCAUGCCAACAUCAUAUUUCGCCAAGGUUUAGGAACUGAUCAAAACCAGACACACUUCGUGCUGCAAUAUCCUGACUGGCCAGAGACUUGGAAGACACCAUAUAAUCUGUUCCCUGAUAUUCUGCUGGGCUUGGACACAUUCCCCGACGCAGCUUAUCGAAUGGGAAGUGACUUUUUUACCACUGUACGGGGCGAGUAUGGCGUCCCACUGGAUAAUCGCCAAGACUGGGCUAAAUCAGACUGGAAUAUGUGGCUGGCUGGAACUUUCGAGGCAAGCACGCGGGACGAGUUUGUCGACGACCUCUGGGCCUUCAUGACCAAUGGGAAGCAUCACUGGCCGUUUUCUGACCGGUACAUCGCAAGUUCAGAACAUGGCAAUGAGCCCGGAGUCCCUGUCUUGUGUCGAGCGCGCCCCACCGUUGGGGGUCACUUUGCUCUACUUGCCCUUGCGGGCCCACGGUCUCUGCAGUCUAUAUCUGGUUGUGGUGGGAUUGGGUCAGAAUCUGUGGGACAUCUAGAUCAGAGCCAUCCCUUGGCUGGAAAGCAUACAGAAGAACUUUAA